AGAAAGUGACGGUUAAUUUUACUUAAAAAACAAUUGACGAUCAAUUCUUUUUUGCAGGUGUGAUUGUUGGUGCAUUUACUACUUUUAAAGUGUGUUUUAUUGUAAUAUAAGUAAAGAAACAGCGUUAUAAUGUUCAUAAAACAGAUUAUUAUAGAGGGUUUUAAGAGUUACCGAAACAAUACUGUUAUAGAAUCCUUCGAUAAACACAGUAAUGUUAUUGUUGGUCGAAACGGCGCCGGAAAAAGCAACAUUUUCUGUGCUAUCCAGUUGAUAUUUACUAAUGAAUACUCCAAUUUGAGAUCACAACAUAGGCAAAUGUUACUUCAUGAGAACUCUGAAGCACAAUUUACCAACGCAUAUGUUGAGAUUAUAUUUGAUAACACAGAUCGUCGUUUUCCG